AUGAAACGAACCAAGAGAUGUAUAGAUGCAGUGAAAUCUGUGAGUUCUAAAGCUACAGUUGAACCACCACUUAGAAAAGUCAAACUUGAGUUUCCCCAAAUUGAUGUUAAACUCGAAGAAGAGGUGAAUCAAAGUUUAACGAGUAUCAAACAAGAGGAAGAUGAAUAUAGAAAAAUAGAUCAUAUAAAGGUAGAAAUAGAAAAUAAAAUAGUGAGUCCUAAUGUGUUUCCGUAUGUCGACAAGGAGCACGAAACAAUAGGUCCUAACAAUUGGUCUCAAAUAUAUAAUGAUAUAGUCAACAUGAGAAAAUUAUUCAUGGCACCAGUGGAUACUCAAGGUUGUGAAAGAAUGCCAAAUACGAUUAAUCCAAAUAUCAAAGAAAGAAAUCCUCGAACUUAUCGAUUUCAGUUGUUGAUAUCGUUGAUGUUAUCAUCUCAAACCAAAGAUGAAGUGAAUUACGAUGCUAUGAUGAAGUUACACCAUGGAAUGAUGGAACUUGGCCAUAAAGAAGGCUUAACAUUAGAGGCGAUUAAGGCAUUAUCGGAAGCAGAAAUUGAUACGUAUAUUAACAAAGUUGGCUUUCAUAAUCGUAAAUCUGUUUAUAUAAAGAAGACGUGUGAAAUGUUGGAGGCUCAGUUCAAUGGUGACAUUCCAAAAACUAUAGAGGAGAUAGUACAAUUUCCAGGGGUCGGUCCCAAAAUGGGAUAUCUAUUAUUACAAAAUGGAUGGAAUAUUAAUAGUGGUAUAGGAGUAGAUGUUCACCUUCAUAGACUAGCUCAAAUGUGGGGAUGGGUACCUAAAAACUCCAAGAGUCCGGAACAUACGAGAUUAGAAUUAGAGAAAUGGUUACCAGAAAAGUAUUGGGCUGACAUAAAUCCAUUAACGGUGGGAUUUGGACAAGUUAUAUGUCCAUCUGUUGCAAGUAAUUGUGAUAUUUGUAGUCUCGCUACAAAAGGUCUUUGUAAGUCACUGAAUAAGAAAUUAUUAAAGUUUCCGUUAUCAGAUGAAAGAAAGGCUAAACUUAUGAAAAGCAGAGCGGACUUAUCCGAGUUGAUGGAAUAUCUUGAAGCAUAG